AUGCUAGAGGCUCUCAAUAGAGAUGCCCAACAUGCUACUAUCGCCAAGUUCAUUCAAAAUGAACUUGACGCUGAACGCGAGAAAGUAGCCUUGCUUCACCAACAAGGUUCUCAACAAGCAGAGUUGUUGAGAGAACAAGGUGCUCAACAGUUUGAACUGUUGAGACAGCAGCAGGCUGCUGCUGGUGGGUCGAUGCACUCGCGUCGACUCAAGACAUUGAAAAUUGACAUCUCCAAGUACAGGGGAGUCGAAGAGGACUCCCUCUUGAGAUGGUUCGUCGACUAA